GGACCGUCUGCCGGCCCGGGAGCCGGGGGCGCGCAAGACUGGAUCCUAAGACUGCCUCCACCCAGCGCCCGGCCCGGGGAAGAGCUUGCGGGAAACCAGAAACCGCAGCGGCUGGACCUCUGCUCUGCGCCGGCUCCUAGGACCUGCCUUAGGUCCCCAGACCCCUCAUGACCUGUUGCCUUGGGUUUGGGGGGUCAGAUUUGUCACGCUGUGGCCAAUUUCCAGUCAGCCUGGGGGCAGGACGAAAUCUCAGAGUGGUUCCCUGGCCAAGCUAGAAGCAGAGAAUAGCUCUGGAUACAGCACCUCGUGUAUCUAUCCAGCACUUACUUGGCUCUUUCUGAGUGCCAGGCACGGUGCCAAGCCCUAGCAGCAUGAAGAAUGGCCUUGGGGAGCUCCCGGGGCUAAGAGGGACAGUAGGAGGAGCAAUUGCAGUGCAGGGUAGUGCGGAAGACUCGAGAUGGAGAAGAGGACGGUGAGGAAGCCAGGAAGGCUUCAGAGAGUAGGUGACCAUUGACUAGAAGUCGGAGGUUUUGCCUGGCUGAAAAGUGUGUUGGGGGUGGGAGUUGAUGGGGAGCAGGAAUUCCAGGUGGAUUUUCUUGUGUAAAGGUAAAGAAACUGAAAAGGUCCGGUGUCCUGACCUAGAACAUCAGAUAAUUCUACAGCAGAUAAUGGAGUAGGACCGGGUCUUGUUAUAGGUAGGAAAUAAGUUGUCGACAUGGCAGGGAGCUAAAACAUGCACAGACCUUCAAGUGCAGCCUUAGAAUAUUUAGAAUUUUAUCCUGGAAUGAAGGAGGGCCGUGGAAGAUUUCUGAUCAGUGAUCAGGUCUCUCUGGCAGCUCUGGGGACAACGGAUGGAGACCGGAGCAUCAGAAAGCUGCAGGUAAACAAAGGCAGCUAAAGCUGACUGCUGGUUGUGCAAAAUCCCCCCGGCUCUUCUGGCUGAAGUCCUACCACUCCCUGUACCUGGCAGCAGCCUGUCCUCUGGGCCUCACCUACACACAUCCGGGUAGGAGCCAGUCAUCUCCAUCCAUCCACAGCCAUGAAUUUCCUCCGGCGACGUCUCUCUGACAGCAGCUUCGUGGCCAACCUGCCUAAUGGCUAUAUGACGGACCUGCAGCGCCCAGAUAGCUCUACCAGCUCACCUGCUUCCCCGGCCAUGGAGAGGAGGCACCCCCAGCCCCUGGCUGCCUCCUUCUCCUCUCCAGGAUCCAGCCUUUUUAGCUCCCUCUCCAGUGCCAUGAAGCAGGCCCCUCAGGCCACCUCAGGACUGAUGGAGCCUCCAGGUCCCUCCACGCCCAUUGUUCAAAGACCCAGGAUCCUGUUGGUGAUCGAUGAUGCCCAUACAGACUGGUCAAAGUAUUUCCAUGGGAAGAAGGUGAAUGGAGAGAUUGAGAUCCGAGUGGAGCAGGCUGAAUUCUCAGAGUUGAACCUAGCAGCCUAUGUUACCGGGGGCUGCAUGGUGGACAUGCAGGUCGUGAGAAAUGGGGCCAAAGUGGUGAGCAGAUCCUUCAAGCCAGACUUCAUCCUGGUCCGCCAGCACGCCUACAGCAUGGCCCUGGGGGAAGAUUACCGCAGCCUGGUCAUCGGCCUGCAGUAUGGAGGGCUGCCUGCUGUCAACUCUCUCUACUCUGUCUACAACUUCUGCAGCAAGCCCUGGGUGUUCUCUCAACUCAUUAAGAUCUUCCAUUCCCUGGGUCCUGAGAAGUUCCCGCUUGUGGAGCAAACAUUUUUCCCCAACCACAAGCCAAUGGUCACAGCCCCACACUUCCCGGUGGUGGUCAAGCUGGGACAUGCCCACGCUGGAAUGGGAAAGAUCAAAGUGGAAAACCAGCUUGACUUCCAGGACAUCACCAGCGUGGUCGCCAUGGCCAAAACCUACGCCACCACCGAGGCCUUCAUCGACUCCAAGUACGACAUCCGCGUCCAGAAGAUUGGAUCCAACUACAAGGCUUACAUGAGAACCUCCAUCUCUGGGAACUGGAAGGCCAACACAGGCUCUGCCAUGCUGGAGCAGGUGGCCAUGACAGAGAGGUACAGGCUGUGGGUGGACAGCUGCUCGGAAAUGUUUGGUGGCCUGGACAUCUGUGCCGUCAAGGCCGUCCACAGCAAGGAUGGCAGAGAUUACAUCAUCGAGGUAAUGGACAGCUCAAUGCCGCUGAUUGGAGAGCAUGUAGAAGAGGACAAACAGCUGAUGGCCGACCUUGUUGUCUCCAAAAUGAGCCAGCUCCUGAUGCCAGGAGGCACAGCACCCUCGCCCCUGAGACCCUGGGCGCCACAGAUUAAAUCAGCGAAAUCCCCAGGGCAAGCCCAGCUGGGGCCUCAGCUAGGACAGCCCCAGCCACGCCCACCUCCACAAGGAGGCCCUCGCCAAGCUCAGUCUCCUCAGCCCCAGAGAUCUGGAAGCCCCUCCCAGCAGAGGCUCUCCCCACAAGGCCAGCAGCCCCUGAGCCCCCAGUCCGGAUCUCCACAGCAGCAAAGGUCACCAGGCUCUCCACAGCUAUCCCGGGCAUCCAGUGGCAGCUCCCCAAACCAGGCCUCCAAGCCAGGUGCCACCCUCACCUCACAGCCCCGGCCCCCUGUGCAGGGCCGUAGCACCUCCCAGCAGAGUGAAGAGUCCAAGAAGCCAGCACCACCCCAUCCGCAUCUCAACAAAUCUCAGUCCCUGACUAACAGCCUCAGCACAUCCGACACCUCCCAGCGUGGGACCCCAAGUGAAGACGAGGCCAAGGCCGAAACCAUCCGCAACCUGAGGAAGUCUUUUGCCAGCCUGUUCUCUGACUAACACCAUCCAGGCUGGGAGGGGAAGAGUGCUCUGCUACACUCGUCCCCCUCCUGCCUCAUCUUCCUUCUCAGCCUUGGUUCCUGAUGGGAACAGAAUGGAGGGCCUGAGAACAUACUUUCUAAAUGCCUUUGACCCAGGAACUGAUUAUAUUUGUUCCCAUUUUCCUUUACCGUGACAUUCCAGCAUUGUCUGACUGAGAGGUGGGCCUUUGAGAGCCUCCAGGUUCCUCAAAACAGGCCUGAGAGACGGGCGUCACAUCCCUCUGCCUACCCACAUACCCCGCCUCCCUGCCAGAUAACCAAGUGAGAUGUCUGCGAGUGGCUAGUUUUCACAUCCUUAUUAGUGUUUUGCUCACCUUUGGGCAAAGGCCCCCUCUAGGCCUUGCCCUACCUCCAUCAAAUGCAGACACUGUAGUCGGACCUCAGCAAUAUAGGAGGCAAUAAUCUUUUAACAGUGUUUUGCAAACAAAAAAAGAGAAAAUCCCAGCCAGGGGAACUCGCCACCUGCCCACACUAGUUCCAUCCAUGCUCAAGACUUGCCCUUAGACCAGACAGGCAAAGGCCCCCAUCACACUGGGCCACUAGUGGGGUCCUGAAGCCAAGAAAGAAAUGAGACCCUGUAUGACAAGUGGGGUCUUUGAGAACACAACAGAAACAGAGGGGCCCUGGUAAUGCCACUCAUACUCAGAGCAUUAUUCUUAUUUGGACAGCUGAGAGCAGAUCACAGGUUCUUCUAGGAAUAAAGACGAGUUCACAGAGGAGAAAGAGGCCAGGGACCUCCCAAGGAAAGGGUCAGGUUAGGAUCCUGUACCCAUUCUGUUACACCACUGUUUGGUCUCUCUGGCCUCCCACCAGGAAAGCCGUUUCCUUUUUACGGAUCUGUUGGGAACCAGAGAGAAGCAACAGAUGAAUGACGUAGGAUCUGAAGUGCAAUGGCAGUCACUUCUAGUUUGGCAUCUCACAAACUCUGUACAGAAAGGUGUUGGUAGGUUACUCAAUUUCAAAACGGGCCCCAUGGUCAAAUAUGUUUAGGAACUACUGUUUGUAUUUCUUUUUUGGAGAUGCAUUGUAUAUAAUAUAUGUCAAAGGCUUUUGGAAUUCCUGCAGGAAAGAAAUCAGCUUUGUUAAAUCCAAACUGAUUUGACUCAAUAAGUUAGCUGCAGAGCUGGAAAAAGUAGGCUAACUCCCUUCCCAGUGCUCUUUCCCCUGUACCAGCCUGCCCCUCAUGCUUAGAUAGGGUUCAGGGGUGACCUAAAUCACCAAGCACCUGGUGCUAGAAACAUAGUAGGUGCCAGAAGCAGCCUCCUGGUCUCGAAGAGAGCCCACGGUAUUAGAACAUAGCUAUGUUAGCCCCUUGCCUCCCACUUUGCAACCCGAGAUACGUCUUCCCUUUGCUGUCCACGGGGAAGGGAGAGAGGGAGGUAAAAAUGGAAGUGGCUCUGGCCUGGAGCAGCUUCUAGUUAUGCGCAAGUAAUGCAGAUUGCUUGGUAAUCAGCCGAGAUCCAUCCAGGCUCCCAGGAGCAUAAAAGCAAUCAUCUCCUUUUUGGUCCUCCAAAACCAAACUGGAGUGGUGACAUCAGGGCCAGAAACCCUCUCCUUCUGUGGGCAUUGGGUCACUUAGAACUCUCAACCUCAGAAAAGCCUGCCUUCAAGCUGGCUUUUGACAGGUUAUUGGCUGGAGACUGGCUCAGUAUCGAAAGUGCUAGCUGUGCACCUGGCUGCCAGAAAGCCACUUGGCCUUUAGGGAGGUCCUCUUCACAUUGCCCUCUUCCCUCACUCAUGAUCAGGUCUGGAUUUAAGAGCAAGAGACCCCAGGAAAAUUCAGAAGUCCUCUCUCUCCUCUUGUUCAAGACCCUUGGUCUGGGAUUCAAUAAUAAGUAGCAGACCUGGCAUAAGAAAGAUCAGAUAAGUCAAUUGCCAGUGACCAUCGGGAGCCAUAAUUUGGCAGCUGGAGACUGGUAGGCUCAGGUCUGAUUAACACUGGCGAGGAUCCGCAGCAAAUAAAAUAGCCACUGUGUGAGGUGAGAAGUGAACAGCUGAAGGCCCUGUACUCUUUCCAGUGCCCAAAAGCCCACCACCCUUACUCUAUCUCCACGCUCGGCUGAGUUCCGUGUUAUAGGACAGUCCCUGCAUGUCUGGAGCUCACUCUGCCCAGUAACACAUCUCCCUUCUUUUUGCUCAAUGCAACAGAAUAGUCUGGCCAGGAGCUGCCAGAAUCCUAUCCAGAGGCAGCUGAGAUGAUGCAGUGGGCAGUCAGACACAUGAAGCUGCUGCUUUGCAGGCAUCACUCUCUCAUCAUCACAUUCUUCUAGACCCCCAAGGUGGGUGGAGGUAGGGGUCCUAGGGUCAAUAUCCCACAGUCAUGCCUGGGGGAGGUCAGGUGAUGGCAAGGAAUAGAUCAGACCAUUUAUAAUCCGGCAGAACUUUGCUUCGUCCUCCUGCUGCUGCUCACUUAACCCUUUCACCGCUCCCUUGCAGCUUCUGAAGAAAGCCAAGUGGGGCAUGAGGAAAAGAGACAGGAGGUGAAAUUCAAAACGUCAGAUGCGGGUACCUUUUAAAGCUAUUCUGUUAAAAGAAAUCUAUCUAACAGAAGAGAGUAUAAAUAUUGAUUAACGUAAGGUUUGAUGAUUAGCCAAUGAUUCUAGGAGUCCCAUUACUUAAACGCACACACACGCACACACAUGCACACACACACGCACACA